AUGGCCUUGGUGACAUUGGCCGGGCGUGCCAUAUUUUGUAGUCGGUAUGUCAAAACAUACAAAUAUAAGCUUGAGCACGAUGCCGGCUUUCCUAUGAUCCCGAAUUUCUUUUCUGGCUUCAAUGGCCUCGGUGACGUUGGCCGUGGAAUUGUCGCCCUUGGAAGGGCUAUGACGGGCCAAAUUAGUCUAACUAAAGGAUUUUGUUUGGCCCAUACGAGUUUGAAAUUCAUUUGCGAUACUCUUUUUGCCAUGGUUGAAACCGAUCUUCCGUACACGAUUAGAAUAACCGAAGAAGGCGAUAUCGAGACGAUAGGGAGACAUGAUUUUGAUGGGAAGGCGCCGGUGAACAUGACUGCUCAUCCCAAGAUGGAUGAAGAAACCGGGGAAGUGUUCGCGUUUCGAUGCUUCCCCGUAGUCCCUUACUUGACAUACUUUCGAUUUGAUUCCAAUGGCUAUAAGGAAAAGGAUGUUCCCAUAUUUUCCAUCAAUAGCCCAACUUAUGUUCAUGAUUUUGGGAUCACUGAGCAUUAUGCAAUAUUUCCGGAUAUUGUUUUGGAGAUGGCUCCGAUGGAUAUGAUCAUGUUGCAGGGUAUGCCGGUGAGGUGCCGGCCCAACAAGGUUCCUUGUAUCGGAAUCAUUAACCGGUAUGCGACAUCUGAUUCAGAAAUGAGAUGGUUCGAAGUGCCUGGGUUUAAUGCAUUCCACAUGAUCAAUGCAUGGGAGGAUGAUCAAAGUGGCAUCAUCGUUGUUGCAACCAAUGCUUUAAAGAUUGAGAACUUCUCCCACAACUUGGACAAGGUUCACUUUUCCAUGGAGAAACUGAGAAUAGACAUGAAAACAGGUGAAAUUACUAGGAGUGUCCUCUCAAAGAGAAGUCUAGAAUUAGGAUCCACCAACGUUUCAUAUGCUGGUAAAAAGAACCGGUACGUUUACAUGGCCGUAUGUGAACAAGUUCCGAAGAUGUCAGGUGUGGUGAAGAUUGACCUCGAAUUGGGCCGUGAAGUUGCAUUCCGGAGCUAUGGAGGUGGGUGCUUUGGAGGGGAGGUCUUGUUCGUUGGGAGAGACACUGGCGAUGAGAUAGACUGCGACGAAGAUGAUGGUUUUGUGGUAUCAUAUGUGCACAAUGAGAGAGAAAAUGAGUCCCGGUUUGUAGUGAUGGAUGCUAAGUCUCCAACACUCGACAUUGUGGCAGCAGUGAAGUUACCUGGAACAGUGCUGUAUGGUUUUCAUGGGAUAUUUUUGGGAGAAAAGGAGCUUCAAAUGAUGUAAGAGAUGUUUGGUUGCCAUCAUGCCUCGGAGUCCUUUACUCUUUGUA